GGAGCGAUCAGCGAAUGAGGAGACAGAGGAGCUCCGCUCAUCUCCACCUUUAAACCUGACCUGGGUCCCUCUUUACCUCUCUCAGUUCAGUUUAACUCAAAACGAGCUUGAUGUGAGGAACAAAAGAAAAUUAAAAAAAAAAAAAUCACUUCUUUUUUCCCUUCUCUCACCCUCACAGUGCACCUCUCCACUACAUCACCUUUAGUUUUUUUGCUUUUUUUUGCUUUUUCUUUUUUUUAUUUUUAAUGGUACCUCCUUGGAUACUUGGCUUAAAGCACGGCUUCACCUGGGCACAUCUUUUCUGAAGUCUCACCAAAAAACGGCACCAAGAUUUCUUCUGCAACUUUAACGCACAUCAGGGAAACAAAAUCCACCGACAGGGAAAAGCAAAACAGAAAAGUUGUUUUUUUUCUUCUUUUUUCGCUCUCACAAAGAAGCGUUAAAGUUACACAAUGAGUCUCAAAUCAGAUUCUGAGCCGAACAACAAUGUAUCAUUAGAGGAGGAGGUACGAACACUUUUUGUCAGUGGCCUGCCUGUAGACAUCAAGCCACGGGAGCUGUACCUGCUGUUCAGGCCAUUCAAGGGAUAUGAAGGCUCACUCAUAAAACUAACCUCAAAGCAGCCUGUUGGCUUUGUUACCUUUGACAGCAGGUCUGGCGCUGAAGCAGCGAAAAAUGCAUUAAAUGGAAUCCGUUUUGACCCGGAGAACCCUCAGACACUGCGUCUGGAGUUUGCCAAGGCCAACACCAAGAUGGCAAAGAGUAAACUGAUGGCCACGCCAAACCCCUCAAGCCUGCACCCAGCUCUUGGGGCUCACUUCAUUGCACGGGACCCAUAUGACCUGACUGGUGCAGCACUGAUCCCAGCAUCCCCGGAGGCAUGGGCUCCGUACCCUCUCUACACCACUGAGCUGACCCCUGGCCUGCCCCAUGCAGCAUUCACCUACCCCGCAGCCGCUGCAGCCGCCGCCGCCCUGCACGCCCAGGUGAGGGACCAACCGAUGCGCUGGUACCCCUCACCAUCUGACACCUCACAGCCCGGGUGGAAAUCCCGCCAGUUCUGUUAAGUAUUUAACGCCAGUCAGUACCUGAAGGUUUUUUCUUUUUCCUCCUUCUCUCUCCAUGGGGAGCAAAGGCAUACUGGGCUCAACAUUUAAUUUAAUCAGGUUUAUUUAACAGAUGCAAAGAGCAUUUAAAAGGACUUUACUUUUCUGGAGAAAACUCUUCUCUGAAGGACUCUGAACAGGACAAGACAGGAUGGUUAUCCACAGCUGGGGCCUCAUGGCCUAAUGGUACACACUCCGCGUUUUCAAAGCCAAACAUGUGAUGAGCCGAUCAUGUGCAAGUUUAAACACUCUAGCUGCUCUCUUAUUGGUUGUGUGUGUUCGGAGGGAGGGGUUAAUCAUUAUGCAUGUUGAAGUAUAGUAUAUGGCAUGAAAAUUAGAAUGCAAAGUUGUGUGUCUGUUUUGGUUUCUCUUUAUUCCUUGUGUUGCCAUUGUGAAAAUACUUGGUCAACUCCCUUUAGCUUUUUUCGAUAUCCUAGUCUAGCUUCUGUGAAGAUCUUUGCGCUUGACUUGCUUUUUACAUGUAUGGUGUUACUUGCAAAGUAGAGGCCAACUUCUUGUUACUAUCAAGUCUUGUUUGUUUUUCGUGUGUUCAGAAUGAAUUUCCAUAUGCACUGGGUUUUUUUUUUUUUUUAUCUUUUAUGAUCUUGACUGUAAGCUUGUCUAAGAUGGGCAAGUCCUUCUGAGACCCUUCUCCUCCAGACCUUGAACGCCUCGCCCUUGAACGACCCGAUCUGCCAAAAUACCGGUAUCUGUGUUUUGUUUAGAGUAUAUUUGAACAAAAAAAAGUACAAGUAUUUUUGUACAUUUGUGUAAUAAUGGAUAUUUAUGCAUUUUUGUGCAAUUAAAUAAGUAUAUCUGUAUAAGA